AUGUGCCAGGACAGUGGAAUAAAAGGAGACAGAACGGGCGCGCGGCCCCCCGGGACCGCUGCGUUAAUUAAGGGUGCCAACGGUGCCUCCCGAGUGAGGGGCGCGAGCCAGCGCUCACCCGCACGCCCCGGGCGCCAGGCGCCGCCGAGUGGGCCGGGCCGGGCAGCCUCCCCAGUCGGCGCCAGCCGCGGCCCCCGCCUCGAGCUCCGCCCCCGGCGCGCGUCUCCCGGCGGCGGCCCUGCACCUGGCAGACGCGCGGCGGCGGCUGCGAGCGGUGGCGCUCGGCUCGGGCGGCGGCGGCGGGGAGGGCGCGGCGCACCGAUGGGCGCCACUGAGAAGGGAGGCCAGAAGAGCCGGAAGCUGUUUUCCUCGCGGCGGCCGUGGACGGCGACCCGGCGGCUGUGGAGGCCGCGAUCGGCUCGCCAGGCGGCGCAGGGUGAGUGUGGGCGCGGCCGGCUGGGACCUGCUCCCCGCAGGCUGGGGCGCCGCGGCGGCGGGGCGGCCCUCGGUGGUCUCUCCGGUCGCGUUCCCGGGCCCGGGAGCCUGGAUGACUGGGCGACCCCCGACUCGACCCUCGGCCGCGGGCACGGGACCGCUGGGGAAGCGCAGGGGCUGGUCUCGGCGGUCUCCUUUCCCCCAGCCCCUGCUCGUUGCUUUGGCUCUGGACGCGGGGAAGCCGGGGUGGCGCCGCCGCGCAGCCUGACUCAGGUUUGCACGCCCCCGGCCCCCGGCCCCUGGCCCGGCGCCUGCAAUGCAGUGCCCGUUGGGGGAGCGAAUCCGACCCCGAGGCUCCCUGUCCCCGCCUCCUUUCUACCUGCCUGCGGCGAUGUCCGAAGCUCUCGGGACGAGAAACUAUUUUUCAGCACACUCCGCCCUGUCCUCGCCAGGGCCUCAACUCACAGCCAAUCACUGACUCACUUCAUUCAUUCAUUCCACAAUUUUUCUCGACCGGCUCGUGGAACUACUAGAGAGGAAGACAGACGUUACACACGCAAAACAGAGAAAGCUCGGUACACAUUGCUGUGGGUGGUUGGAGGGAAUCAAAUAGACUGCUGGGAGAGGAAAAACGGCAGGGGGCCCGAGCUUCCGUGGCAGGCGGACUGGGGAGGCCUCUCCCAGGCAUUGCAAGUCAGCGGAGACCUGACUAGGAGUUACUCCAGCGUGGAGCCGAGCAAUAGACAGCAAGUGGCAGAGUGCCCGAGCUGA